GCCUUGGGUAUUUUCAGAAAUGAGCAUAUUUCUUGAAAUUGCUGAUGUUCUGUAUUUUGUAAACAGUUUAAUUCAUUCCAUCAACAGUUACUAAUACGUUACUAUGACAACAGGGAGUAGGCAGUAUCCAUUACUUUGUGUAACAUUUAAAAACAAUGGCCCUUUAGAGAGGUAUUGCAGACGAUAGAGAGGGAGAAUGGAUGAAAAGAGAAAAGGAAAAAAGGAAUGAGAGAAGGACCUCGCCCGGAAUAACACUCCUCCACCCACAAUUGAUCACGUGAUUAACACCACACCUAUAUAUGAAUAUCAUCAAAACAAUAAAUUCCGAAUUUUCUUUGUUUACUUCGUAAAUAGAGCAGACCGUAUUUUAAUCUAACCACGUGCUCUCACGUGUUAUGGUUAUUAAUAGUUAUUAAAACUGAACAAGAUGGCUGACAGUAGAUCAUUGCAUUUGGUUAGCUAUUCUUCAUCUAGUGACAGCUCAGGCAGUGAAGAGACUCCACCAGUAAUUAAGAAAUAUAAAGAAAAUACUUCCAAACCUCUAGAGUUACCUGGUGCCAUUGCUAACAUGUUCAGUGAAGGUGAUCAUAUUGAUGUAGCUGAAGAUCAUGAUGGAAGGAAAAGAUCAUUUGCUCACGUUAGAGGGAAUUGGCCUACAUACAUAUACAUACCAAUUACAUUCCCUGAUGGGUUCAACAAUGUAAUGGAGUCUUUCUUAAAGAAGUCUUCACAAGACGUGAUACCAUUCCAGUCUCAAUUUCAUCUCAGUCUCUCACGUACUGUACCAAUACAGUAUCACUGGAUACAACCACUCACUGCAUCACUGAUGGAAUCAAUCACCAAUAAUCAUAAAAGGUAUAUCAAAAAAAUUAUUAAAUUAAAUAAAUCAGCAAAAAGUUAG